AUGGUUACUGAGCUGGGAGGCACUGUGACACUGACUUGCUUUUGUCCCAAAGUGUCGGUGACCAGGUUUGAUUGGUUCAAGCAGAGUUUUGGACAGAAACCCCUCCUCAUGGCGUCAUCUCUUUAUGUUGGCCAAGACAGUUACAACUUUAUCAAGGACUUUACUGAGACCAAACAUUUGGGUGUGAGGAGAGGAGUCUACAGCUGUAACUUGACCAUAUCCAAGACAGAGCCAGGGGACUCAGCUAAAUACUAUUGUUCCAUUACAGCCAUCUAUGAGGUUACAUUUGGAGAGGGAACUGUUUUAAUUGUCAAAGACUCAGAGUCCAACAGCAUGUCUGUACUCCAGCAGCCUGUGUCUGAGUCAGUCCAGCCAGGAGACUCUGUGACUCUGAACUGUACAAUACACACUGAGACCUGUGUAGGAGAACACAGUGUCUAUUGGUUCAGACAUGGCUCAGGAGAAUCCCUUCCAGGAAUCAUUUACACCCAUGGAUACAGGAGUGAUCAGUGUGAGAAAAGCCCUGAGACUGGGUCUCCUACACAGAGCUGUGUCUACAACCUCCCCAAGAGGAACCUCAGCCUCUCUGAUGCUGGGACUUACUACUGUGCUGUGGCCUCAUGUGGGGAGAUACUGUUUGGGAACGGGACCAAGCUGGACAUUGACCCUAAGUGA